GGUUCUCCAAGGCUUUUCGACGCUGCAUCUGCAGAAAAUAUGCAACGGCGCGUCUGUCGACUCAACCGCAGGGGUGCUCUUCUCCCAGACUCGUUUUGAGUGGACGUCCACCUGGAAGUCGUCCCUGUCGAAACGCUUGAUUCUCGAUUCCAUCACCGUUUUGUGUCAUUUUUUCUGGUGCAUGGCCCACUACUUCAUGACAACGCGUAAAGUCUGCGCCACCCGCUCGCCCGCAAGACACAGAGCGUUUCUGGUUCCCGGUCUCCAGCGUUUACUUGACUCUGACCUUUUCUAUAUUUGCGCGCCUCCGCGUUCCUCUGCUUCGUCUCGCCUCCACCUUCCGUUGCUGCGGCUGCCUGCUCUUCUCCGCCGCCAUGGCAGACGCGCCUGCUGCUGCUUCUCCCUCUGCGGCUGCGCUCCCGGCAGAGCUGGACGCCCUCUUGCAUGCGCUGGAGCUUGACCGUCGCGUACAUCUCUCUCAGCGUCUCGACAGUUGGCUGGAGACAGAGGAGGGCAAGAACGUCGCGCGAACUCUGCAGAGCGAGGGUGAUGCUGCACCCGACACCGCAGCCGCGCCGCCGCGUUUCCAGUCGCUCUGCUUCUCCGUUUUCUCGUGGAUUUCUCAGCAACUCGACAAGAGGACGAAGGCCGCCAAGCAGGGAGGACGCGAAGCGCAGCCUCUCCUCGUCGCUCUCUCUGCUUCUCACGGAAGCGACGGCGCGGCUCUGGCAGGCGCUCUAAAGUUCCUCUUCGAGGCGGAAGGCCGCCAGACAGUCGCGCUUUCUCUCGACGCGUUCUACGCGCUGGCGGGCAAGCAAGAAAAACUCGCACAGAAACAUAGCGGAAAUCCUCUCCUGGAAGGCCCUGGGAAUCCCGGAACUCACGAGCCUCUUUUAGCUGCAUGCGUCCUCGAGAGUCUCAAGCGCAACGCCCCAGAGUGCGCCGUCCAGGUGCCUGUGUACGACAAAACGCUGAACGACGGUCGGGGCGACAGGCUUUGCGUGACGGAUUGGCCGAAAAUUGAGACCGGAAAAAUCCAGUUGAUCCUCCUUGAAGGCUGGGUGCUAGGCUUCAAGGCCGCGGCAGAGCCGACAGCGGACGCUUUCUCGAGUUUGACGAAAGAAGAACUGGAGUGGAUGAAACCAGUCAACAAAGCUCUGCAGGAGUACAAGGCUGUCAACGCCCUUGUUGACGCGUGGAUUGUUCUCCAGGCCGACAGUCCGGAGCGCCUCGUCGAAUGGCAAGUCGAGGAAAAAGCACGCAGGCGCGCGUCUGAAGGAGAGAAGGCAGCUGAAGAGGCUUGCGCGUCUGUUGAAAAAUUCCUUCCAACGUACAAGGCGUUUCUCCCGAGGCUGCGCGAGAACGGCCCGGACGGCGCGACAGCAGAGACGCCCGUCCUCGACAUUGUUCUCGGCGAGAAGCGUCAACUCGAGAACGUGACACUGAAAGGCGCCUGAGAAACAAAGGGAACUUAACCGACUCUUUCAAAGUCUCGUCUCCCGCGGUCUCCGACAGAGCACUUAUUUUGGCCGAAAAGGCAGCGGCGCAGAUGCGCGGGGAAAUCAAGACGAGAAAGCAGAGCACGAAACAGAGAGAGCGGAGACGGAAUAAGAGAGAAGAGAAGAAGAAGACGUUUCUUUUUGCCUGCAUGCCUAUGAUCUAUGCAAGAGGCUGGAAAGACGAGGUUCGAUUGUGGGAAGUCGACAGAAUCUUCGAUUUAAGCGCGGCUGAAGCCUCGAUUCAAACUCGAGAUUGGGGGGCAGAGACGGUCUGUAUGGAUGCGAGGCAGGCAGCUGUCGGUUAUUUUUUCUCUCAGCUCUUCUUCUUCUUCUCGCUUGCCUCGGAUUCUUGUCAGAGUGUUGUCUGCCUUUUCCUCUCUCACUUGAAGUUCCUCUGGUUGACGACGGCGGAGAGAUUUUCGUUUCUUCCCCUCUCGCAGCUGCUGAGACCUGCACACGAGCUGAACUCUUUCGUCUUUUUCGUUGGAACGCAUGGUAAUUCAUGUGAUGGUCCACUUGCUGCCGAUCUUCAUCUGAGCGCUAGACCUUUUUCUCUGCAAAAAGGAUGAUCGACUUCUCUGCCUCCUCUGCUCAGCGGAUCUGUCAGUCCGGUUCUCUGUCUCAUGAGCUUUGCCUUAUUGUGUUCUUUCCUGUGUCAUUUGCGUUUUCGUCCAAAACCUACGACGGUGUGAAGUCUCUCUGUUCUCCGGGACGUUUCUUUUUUUUGCUGCUCUGCAUGUGCGCGGGGUGUCAAGACACUGUGUGGGAGGGUUUGUCUCGGCGACGCCGAAAAGCGCGUUGUUUUUUCGCAGUUCUCGUUUUCUUUGACACCGGCGGGCGUCUCCGGUGAGCGAGAGUGUGAUCUCGCGUUGUUCUGUCCCUUUUUUCUUCAUUUUCGAUACAGCUCACAUACACUUUGUCUGGAACCGGUAAUGUCUUU